AUGUCAAAUGAUAGUAGGCAGUAUUCCAAGAUAUCUCAGUUUGGUCUUAUUGCACCGAAACUGAGGCACAUGUUCUUUCAAAAUAAUGUAUUGAAUGAAUGGAUAGGACCAAUGUACGGGAUACAAAACGUAACUCUUAUUGAUCUCUCGAAUAAUUUCUGCACAAAACUGUCAUCCAAUUUCUUUGUUAACGCAUCAGGACUUUUACGUCUCAAUAUUUCUAGAAACUCGGUUGGAGAUAAUCUGGAGAGAGACAAGAAUGGACUUAUAUUUAGAAACUUGGUUUCGGUGGAAACAUUGGACUUAAGCUCCAAUAAGAUUUAUCAUUUGCCGUAUUUACUUUUGAAAAGAUCUCGGAAUAUCGGGACAUUGAUUCUUAACAAUAAUCAACUUUCUGAGUUGAAUGUCGGCGUUAAACAUAUGCAUCACUUAGAACAUCUUGAUUUAUCUGAAAAUAGAAUAGAUUCUAUCAGGGAUGAAAUCAGACAGGAACUGACUGAUUUGAUAAGGCUGAAAAACACGUCCAUAGAUCUAUCUGGGAAUAACGUUGACUGCUCGUGUGAAAAUGUUCCAUACAUCCAGUGGAUGGUUAAACAUAAAGAAAAUUUCGAAAGGUUUGAUGACUACGAAUGUGCCAUAAAGAGUCAGAAAAAUUUCAAUUUCAGCGAUCCUGUCACAUCUCUUAAAUCUUUGGUAGUGGAAUGCCGAUCUUAUACCACAUUCUACAUUGUUGCAUCCAUAGUCUUGACCAUUCUAGUUUUCGUGGUCAUCGCUAUGUUAGUGAAAAGAAAUAUUUGGACAAUAAGAUUUACCAUAUAUCAAUGUAAGCAAAAAGUGAAGACAGGUGGUCGAUAUAUGCAAAUAUUAUAUCAGAGAAACCGAUUGAACUUCACUUAUGACAUAUUUAUUUCAUAUUCUGCCCGGGAUCGAGAACUUGUUAUGAAUAAACUUCUGUUGAAAUUACAAGAUUUAAACCUUGACGUCUGCAUUCGUGAGAGAGACUUUUUAGCAGGUCGUCAUAAAGCUGACAAUAUAAUGGACGCGAUAGAGAGCAGCAAAAUGACAGUCUGUGUUGUUUCGGAAUCUUAUCUAAAGUCUGGAUGGAGGGAUUACGAACUAAAUAUGGCAAAACUCGAGGGUAUAAAAAAGAGAGGAGGACUCCAUUACGUGUAUUUAAUAAUUCUUCCAGGAGCCUACGAUUUAAAGCGAAAAUGUCCGAAUUCCCUGAAGGAUUUGAUCAAUGAAAACCUUUUUUGUCAUUAUCCUUCUGAGGAAUCAAUGGCAGAACUGGAUAUAUUUUGGAAUGACUUUUCCAGUGUUGUUGCUCAUAAUUAA